ACGUCACUCCUGUCAGAUAUAAAAAGGCUGAGCAGCGGCUGUGAUCAGACUCAAGCAAAACCGCCUUUUUGACCGCAGCGACUUUCUAAAAGCAAGGAUUACAGGAUAGCUUUCGUUGGAUUUAUUUAUCGGCCCCGAACCCUCGACAUCCUCACAAUGACUUUGAACAAGGGUGACAAAUUGCGAAACAUGGACAAGAGGAGAGGGAGCGUUCCGUUCCCCAUGAACCUUCCCAACCUGCACAGGAGAAGCAUGCCCGUGGAUGACCGGGACCUGCGCGCAACGACGCCGCAGACGGGACAGACCGACGAGCUCUCCAACCUCCUGCGCUGCACGUCCUACUCCCCGAGCGAGGAGCACCGGGGCAGCUGUGCCUCGGACUCCUCCGACUCGGUGAUCUCCACCGGCAGCGAGACGGACUCCCAGGUGUACAAGGUGGUCCUCCUCGGGGAGCAGGGGGUCGGCAAGUCCAGCCUGGCGCGCGUCUUUGGAGGGCUUGAGGAUGUCGGUCACGACUGCGAUGAAGCAGGAAACACCUAUGACAGAUCUAUUGUUGUGGACGAAGAGGAAGCUUCUAUUUUGCUCUAUGACAUCUGGCAGCAGGAUAACAGUCAGUGGCUUAAAGAGCAGUGCAUGAGGAUGGGAGACGCCUACAUCAUCGUGUACUCAGUGACAGACAAGUCGAGCUUCGAGAAGGCAUCAGAGCUCCGCAUCCAGCUGCGCCGGGCCAGGCAGUCAGAGAACAUUCCCAUAAUCCUUGUUGGCAACAAAAGUGACCUGGUGCGGUCCAGAGAGGUGUCGGUCGAUGAGGGACGCGCCUGUGCUGUGGUGUUUGACUGCAAGUUCAUUGAGACGUCCGCAUCGCUUCACCACAACGUGCAUGCCUUGUUCGAGGGCAUCGUCAGGCAGAUCCGUUUGCGGAAGGACAGCAAGGAGGAAAACGCGCGACGCAUGGCCAACUGCAGGCGCAGGGAGAGCAUCAGCAAGAAGGCCAAACGCUUUCUGGGUCGCAUGGUCGCGCGCAAAAACAAGAAGAUGGCCUUCAGGCAGAAGUCCAAGUCGUGCCACGACCUCACGGUUCUCUGAGCAGCACAUGGGACAGACAGACAGACUGCUUUUUUUUUCUUCUGUUUUUCUUCUAUUUUUUUUUUCUUUAGCCUCUGAAGACCAGAUCCUGUGUGUGUUUUAACACCAAUCCUAAAGGACUAAUAGAGCUGUACAGAAUAUAUUUUUGUUGUUUUUAACGCACAAACCAAAAGCUAAGACAGGCUGUAAUUUGCAAGAGAAACAACAACAAAAAAAAGACUGGUAAUGUAAAAUGAUAUCAUGAUAAUGAUAAUAUCUUCUAAAGCUUUGCAAACAUUUUACUUUUCAGUCUGCCUUAAACAUUUUGCCAUCACGUAGGGAUACUUUUGUCUGAAAGAUCUGACAUGAUAUUUCUAAUAAGGUGCAAAGAUCGUCUUGCUAUUGGGAAGUUGUGCGCCGUUGUGGGAGGAGGGUUGAUGUAUAUACCAUAAGUAGGCAUAGUGCUGAAUGCGACAAACAUCUCAUCAUUAUCAAGGUCAUGUGGGGGUUUCUAAUAUUUACUUGAAUGUCGGUGCGCAGGUUCGUGCCUUGGCCAAGUUAAUGAAGACUACUCAAAGCUUGGGCAAAAAAACUCUUUUAUUCUGUGUUGUUCCAUGACAUUGAAUUCAGGUUGUGAAUGUAUGAGUAAAGCAAUAAGUUGGUCAUGUGAGCCUUGACAUUGUUUGAAAAUUCUUUGUUUACAUUGAUUUUCAAUAAAAUUUUCAAUAAAAAAAAAAAAAAACUGU